GAUUCAUGAUUCAUGGUAACGCUAAGCUAACUAACUAUACGAUAUAUAUAAGCCCUGUAGCACGAAGAUAGUCAACAAACUAUGAAAUAAUCUUGCAUUGCAGUGCUCUUGAUUUGAAUGGAGCCAAAUUUUUGCAAGCCCAGGGCUAAAUUAGAAUAUUACGAAAGAUUGCUUUCGGAAACGAUUCUGAAAUAUCAAGACCCUAUAACAAGCCUUAUACCAUCCAUCCCCAAUACCCAGGACGCAUGGGUUAGAGACAACUGUUUCGCCGUUCUGGCAAUUUGGAGUCUUGCUUUAGCUUACAAGAAAGUGGCCGAUAAGGAUGAGGAAAAGGCCAAAACCUACGAACUUGAACAGAAUUGUAUAAAGUUAAUGCGUAGUUUGUUAGUUUGUUUUCUUAAACAGAGGGACAAACUGGAGAAAUUCAAAUAUUCCCAGAGCACUAAAGAUUCAUUCCAUGCAAAGUUUAACGCUCACACAAUGAACACUAUAGUUCAAGAUUUCCAGUGGGGUCAUCUUCAAAUCGAUGCAAUAUCUUUGUAUCUUCUUAUUUUAGCCCAAAUGACGGCUUCAGGUCUUCAACUUAUAUUUAACUUGGACGAAGUCUCUUUCAUUCAAAAUAUGGUCUUUUAUAUUGAAGAAGCCUAUAGAACAGCUGAUUACGGUAUAUGGGAAAGAGGGCAAAAAACUAAUCAGGGUUUGCCAGAACUUAACUCCAGUUCUAUAGGAAUGGCUAAAGCAGCUUUAGACAGUUUAAAUGAGUUAGAUCUUUUUGGAGCCGCCGGGGGCAAUAGUUCAAUUAUACAUUGCGUGGCAGGUGAAUCACAACAAUGCGAAAUAGUUUUAGAAUCCAUGCUGCCCCGUGAAUCUAAUUCCAAAGAAGUUGACUCUGCCAUAUUGUUCUUAAUAGGAUAUCCAGCUUUUGCCAUUGACAGUAUUAGCCUCGUUAAACACACCAAACAAGUUAUCAUCGAAAAAUUGCAAGGUAGAUACGGUUUUAAAAGAUUUCUCAGAGAUGGGUACUGCACAGCUAUAGAGGACGCGUCCAGGCAAUAUUACGAACCUUACGAAUUGAAAACUUUUGAGAACAUCGAAUGCGAAUGGCCCAUGUUCUUCGCCUUAAUGAAAAUCGAUGCUGUAUUCCAGAAAAAUCAAGAACGACUCGAGUAUUAUGACGGAAUUUUGGAAAAAGUGAUGAUACAUCGGAGCGAUGGAGUCAAAAUUAUGCCUGAACUAUAUUCUGUUCCUUUGGAAAAAGUUCCCCUUGAACACCAAUGCCCACAUAGCCAAGAUCGAGUGCCCAAAGGUAAAUUGCCUUCGCUGAUUGGUCAAUCUCUUUAUAUCAUCAGUUGCCUUUUGAUGGAAAGUUACAUAGCUGUGGGUGAGAUUGAUCCUUUGAAUCGUCGCCUCAACAUAGAACAAAGGCCCGAACUUGUUGUACAAGUUGUAGUUAUAGCUGGAGACGAUCAUAUGAAGAGCGAAUUAAAAGAGCUAGACAUUCCAGUUCAAACGAGUCAAGAGAUAUAUCCUAUCGAAGUGCAUCCUUCAUUGGUCCUCACUAAAAUUUACAGCUAUCUAGGUGUCAAUAAAAAAUUGCAUUUAUCUGGUAGACCAUUAAACGAAACCUUUCUACUAUCUACUUGUAAAUUAUACACACUAGAAGAACGAUUAUUGGCAUUUACUUCUCAUUAUUUGGAUCAAUCUGAAUUCUACAUGGCAUCGGACCAGGACUUAUACGUUGACAUGUUUAAAAUGUUGCUUGGUAUGCUCUCAAAUUCGUGGAAAGAAGUUGGAAGACCUACCAUGUUAUUGCAUUUACAAAAGGCUAGUGUAGAUGAUAACGGGAAAAUAUAUAAAUCGAUAAUAACUACACUUUGUAAGGUCAAAGAUGGAUACCUUGGCGGUGUUAGGGUUCAAAUCGGUUAUUUAAACGAUUUCCUGAGCACUUCAUGUAUAACCAAUAUCUCAUGGCUAACUGAUAAUAUAGAAGAGAGAAAAUCAUCUGAAUCGCAUUCGCUUAAUCACAUACUGGGACAGGCUAAGAUAACUAAGCCUCAGUUAUCCCCCGCCAUCCAUAAAAAUAGCAAAAUGCAUUGGGCCAAUAUGAGACGGUAUACGCAAUUUUGUAAGGGCUUGGUUAAGAGGACUAAAUCAAUAUCACUGGAACAAACGAACCCAGAUUUACUAAAGGUUCGAGCUCAUCUUAAGGAUAUGAAAGAAACCGCCAAAAAACAAGUUAUUCCCACCACGAACACGUUAAGUGUCGAAAAAGAGUCCAAAACACUUGAUUUAUCAAGCUUGACUCAUCAAGUUCUUCAUCCGUCCCCUUCUGAUACCCACUACGACCAUUUUACUGAAUGGAACAAAGAUGUCGAAAGUAGCUCCUACCACAAAGUAGACACUAACGAACUCAUCAAAAUGUUAGUCCAAACCGAUUCUCUCAACGAGCAAGCAGACAUCAUCCAUUAUCUCUAUAUUACGAAGGGUCCAGAAUGGGUGGUUAACGUUGAGGAGAAUAACAACAUUACUGUAUUAGAUCUUUUGCAAGAACUCUAUGACAAGGCUUGUCACGCCAAGCAAUGGUGGCUUGUCAGGCAUGCAGCUGGCCUCUUGAAAAAAAGAGUUGACAAUUUAUCCAAGAUUGUAACCGAUUUAUUGGUUCAUCAAAAACAAGUUACCGUGGGUCUACCACCUGAGCCCAGGGAAAAAAUAAUUACCCACCCUUUACCGCCAGAUAAAAUUAGAGACCUCAUUAAUGACGUUUACGGUGGGGAUAGUAGUACCGCUAUGUUGACUCAGGAACUUUUGGUGUACCUUUCCAUAAUGAUAAUAACUGAGCCAAAUUUAUUCAAGGAAAUGUUGAGACUCAGGACAGGUCUGAUUCUGCAAGUUAUGGCUUCAGAGUUGGCCAGAGUUUUGGACUGUUCAGGGGAAGAAGCAUCCGAUUAUUUGCUAAAUCUAAGUCCUUACGAAAUGAAAAUGAUUUUGUACAACAUUUUGAGUGGGCGCGAGUUUAAUAUAGGAUCCACUUGGGUUCCCGAGAAAGAUGGCACAGUUUCUAUUAAAGAACCUCGCAACAUUGAUGACUUUAAAAUGUCUAUGAAAAAGAGAAUUAGCAGUCGCAUAGGCGCAUUAACUGAUGCUAAAGAUCCUAACAAAGUUGAGAUUCCUUUGCACGGGCAAUGGUUAAGAAGGCGUAGACUCGAUGGCUCCCUGAAUAGAGUUCCUGUCAAUUUUUAUCCAAAUAUUUGGUCAAUAUUAGAAAAAUGCCAUACGUUGCAGGUAGCCGGAAAAUUGAUCGAUAGUAAUCUCACCAAUGAGAUGACGCCAGAAGAAAUGAAAUUUUCUCUCCACAUAGAAUCCAUUAUUAACCUCUUACCCCAUCCAGAAUACCGGCAAUUGAUAGUUGAGGGUUUAUCCUCUCUCAUAGCUCUAACCGAUGCGCAAUUACGCGUUACAUUUCCCAAUGUUAUCGAUAUGGAUAAAAUUGUCCAAAAAGCUAAUCAAAUAUUUUUGAACGAUCAGAAAAAAGUAGACGGGGAUGCGACUCUAUGUUGCGCUGGUUCCAAGCCCUUGUCAUGCGGGGGAGUUGAGGGUAUAUGCCAGAUAUUUUACGAUUCCGCUCCUAGUGGCAAAUAUGGAACCAUAAGUUACAUGUGCAGAUCCCUGGCCGGUAUUAUAAAGAUAGAACUUUUGGACGAAAAAUCUCAAUGCCACGUCAAUUAAAUAAAUAAUAAAAAAAGAUGUACCUUUUUUAAAAACUACCUCUAAAUUGGAUCGUUUUUUGUUUCGAAAAAAUAAAUCAAAAUUUCCCCCAUUUUUUAAGAAAAUCUCUUAUUUAUCUUAGGAUUCUGUUUAACAAGUACAUAUAUUUUAAAGAAAUUUUCUUCGUUUUACAGUUUAGUUUAUGUAUAUUUUAAAAAUUUUUUUAAUACCCUGCAUUAUUAAAAGUU